UUUAUAUAUUUCGUUUAUUGUAAAUAACGGUAAUACAGAGCAAAAUACUCGUUUGCGAGAGAGAGAGAGAGAGAGAAAGAAAAAGACAAGAUUUUCGAUAAGGAAGCGAAACGAAGAAAGACGGGGAAAGAGAAUUAUUACGGAAACUGGUGCAAUGACACCUAAUUAAAUUCAGCAUUAUGGUCGAAUAUCGGACUGUCUGGCAUCUCUAUACCAGUUCCUAGUUCAACCCUAAAAUGCCAGAUAAAGCGAUAUGAAGUUAAGAGUGGAGAAUUAGGUGAGCUCCCUUGGGGACUGCGUAUAUACGUGUAACGUAACGAUAUUCCCUUACUUUGAAUGUACUUCAAUUACAACAUUCCGACUUCCGGGAUUCUACGUUUCUACUUAUUCGGUAGAAAUGCGCCGUGAAAUUGCUAUUUCUGGUAUUUAUUUAAAAAAAAAAAAUUUCACAUUUCUAUAAUAUCUUGCAAUAUUUGCAAGAUAAUCAAAACUGAAUUUUUCACAAGAGAGAUUCGAUCGGAAGUUAACGAAAACCGAUCGAAUGGUGAAUGAAAUUCGAUCGAUUUGAGAAUUAAACGAAAGGGAAUUAGAAAAAAGAAAGAAGAAGAAGAACAGGUGAAGGAGGAGGAGGAGGAGGAGGAAGGAAGAAAAAUAGAAAGUUGGUAACUAACCGGACACGGUAAGGAAAGGAGCGAAAGCGAAUAGAACUCUUAGUAUCCUAUCAGAGGUUUCACCGGCCUCUCGAACAUCAAUAUCGGACAAGAUCAGAACUUAAGGCAAUUGCGCACUGAUACAACAAAGGGCAUCGUCUAACGCGGUUAUACCUCAUAUAAAUAGAUCUUCUAUAAAAAGAAAAAAGAAAUAGAGAAGUUUUGAACAUAACAUGAUCGAGGAAUACGAAGAGGAAGAAGACGAGAGAAAAAUCUUGCAUAUUUACCCACCACCCUAUAAAUUCGAGGGUAUAAGGCAUCGUAUAAGCGAAUUUUUUUACGAUUUUGAAAAAAAUCGUACUAAGAUUAAGUUUCCUAUAAAGUUUGAAAAAUUUAGAAAAUUGUUUGAAAGAGUGACACAUUUACAUAGAAUUCCUCAUUCGUUUUCAGAACACACGGAAUUCGGUAAAUAUCCAUAUGUAACAACGUGUCCAAAUUGUUUAAGUUACAUAAAAACAGAAAUUCAUUAUCAUACUACUGGUGCAACGCGUGUUAUAGCUACAGCUUUCAUCCCAAUCUGCAUGUGUAUAAUACCAUAUAUUACGACUAGAUAUAAAGAUGUAGUACAUUAUUGUCCCCGAUGCAAAAUUUAUUUAGGCGUCAAGUUUGGAAAAGGUAAAAUUUUAUUUGGUCGAUUUAUAGUACCGAUAUGUUGAUAAUAUAUAUAUAUAUAUAAAUAAUAAUAUAUUCAAUAAUUUUGAAAGUCUGAAUUGCCAUAAAAAUUAUAAUAUUUAUCGAUAAUGAAUAUUUAUUUUAAGAUAAUG